CGCUGAGCACAGUAAUUAUUCAUGAGCUCGGCGCUGCACCGCGGGACCUGCGCGAGAGAGCCUCCAGCUCCGAGCUGAGGCCCUGCUCCAGCUGCAUCCAGGGGCCCAUCGACCGGCGCGGGUCAGACGGUGACACCUUACACCGCAGACGGCGAGGAAACACUCACCUUCACCCUGCCACACUCCAGAUAAAUAAAAGAUGCCCACAAAAGAGAAAAAAACGAAAGAAACCGAAGAAAGUGAUGACGAAGGAGAGGAGAAGGAGCCAACGGUGACAGGAAAGAGUAAGAGGGACUCAAAAACGAGACAGAAGAGCUCCGAGAACAAGACAGAAAGCACUGAGACACUGACAGAGAAGAGAAAAAAGAGCCAAUCUGUGAAAGAGAAAAAGAAAAAGAAGAAAAAGGAAGAUGUUGAGGUGACAGAGAAUGACAACGGGACGGAUGAGCAGAACAACAAUGAGCCCAUCAGCAAAGAAAAACACACCUCAAACGAGAAACGGGAGGUAAGGAAAGAGAAGAAAAAGAAGAGUAAACCAUCCGAAAGCAAAGAAGGACAAGAAGACAUGGGGUCCAAGGAGAAAAAGAGCAAAGACGGCAAGAAAAAGAAGAAGUCGGCAGAGGAAGAGGAGGAUGAGGAUGCUGUGCAGGAGGAAGCUGAGGAAGAAGAGGAUAAGAAGAAGAAAAAAAAGGAUAAAAAGAAAAAGAAGGGCUCCGACAGCGACGAGGAAAAGAAAUCGAAGAAAGGGAAGAAGUCAAAGGUCAAACAGGUGGAUUAUGCUGAGGUCUACCAGGAAGAGCUGGUGAACUAUCACACGGAGGAAUCAGAUGAUCAAGAAGAUGAAUUCAACAAAAAGAAAGUGUACGAGGUGGUGACAGUCACAGGUGAUGUUAAAGGAGCUGGGACUGAUGCUAAUGUGUUCGUCACCUUGUUUGGGGAGUUUGGAGUGACUCCCAAAGUUCACCUGGCCAGCAAGAGCAGAACAGCCUUUGAAAAGAACAAGACUGACGUCUUUCGGAUCAAAACACACAAUGUUGGGCCAAUAAAGAAAAUUAGAAUCGAGCAUGAUAACACGGGCAUGAGUGCCAGCUGGUUCCUGGACCGGGUCAUCGUGACUGACAUGAACAGGCCACACCUCCGAUUCUUUUAUGCCUGCAACAAUUGGCUGAGCAGAGACGAGGGGGACGGACUUACUGUCCGAUAUCUGCUGGGCAGCCUGAACCCCAUGGACAUCCCAAAACAAAACAAAUACAUAGCCAGUGUCUUCACAAUGGAUGCUAAAGGCAGUGGGACAGACGCUGAUGUCUACCUCAAUAUUUUUGGAGAAUUUGGGGAUACAGGAGAACGGAAGCUGGCCAGUGAUGGAAAGGACAAUUUUGAGCGCGGUAAUGAAGACAAAUUCACCAUCGAAGCACCAAAUCUGGGCAGACUUCGAAAAAUCACCAUCGGACAUAACAACAAGGGGUCGUCUGCUGGCUGGGCGUGCGAUAAAGUUGUAGUAGAUGACAUGGGGAAUAAAGAGGUUUAUGAGUUUCCGGUCAAUGCCUGGUUUGACAUCUCAGAAGGAGACGGCAAAAUACAAAGAGAUGUGCUUGCCGGAGCCACACAGCCAAUGGGUAAGAGCAAAUGUGCGUGUUUGUUUAUUAGAAUAAGUGCACUUGAUUCAAACUUACUUGGAUUUGUUUGGUUGUGUGUGUGUGUGCGUGAAGCGAUUGUGUAUAACGUACAGGUGAUGACGGGAGAUAUUCGUGGAGCCGGAACUAACUCUAAGAUCCACUUUGUCAUGCACGGUCAUAAGGGAAUUAAGAACAGCGGUAAGUUGUUCCUGGAGGGCGGCACGUUUGAGCGCGCUCAGAUCGACAUCUUUAACGUGGAGCUGCUGGAGCUGCUCAGCCCGCUCAGCAGAGUCACGAUCGGACACGACAACGCUGGGAUCAGCUGCGGCUGGUAUUGCGAAAAGGUGACGGUAUACUGCCCCUUCACAGGUUUAGAGCAGGUGUUUCCCUGCGGCAGGUGGCUGGAUGAAGAUGAGGGUGAUGGACUGGUGGAGCGAGAACUGUAUGAGAUGGUCUCACUCAGACAGAAAAAGCAAAAGAAAUUGCCCUGGUCUCUGUGGAUCUGGACAUCUGAGAUUAAAGGUGCUGGCACAGACGCCCAGGUGUUCCUGCAGGUGUACGGGGAGACAGGCAAGAGCGACCAGAUGAAACUCGAGAGUAAAUCGGACAGUUUUGAGCAGGGACAGUGCGACAAAUUCAUUAUUGAGAUGCCCGAUAUCGGAAAGAUACGCAAGGUGAGAAUCUGGCACGAAAAGAGGAAUCCUUUCUCUGGCUGGCACCUUGGCAGGGUGACAUUGAUGAAGACCCUUACUAGGGAGAAAUACUCAUUUGUUUGUAACCGUUGGUUGGACAUCAAUGAAGAUGACAACGAGAUCAUUAGAGAGCUGCCAGCUACCGGAAAACUUGUGCCAGAACCAUUACCACUUAUUAAAUAUCGUGUGACGAUUUGCACGGGAAACAUCAGCGGAAGUGGGACAGAUGCCAGUGUGUAUUUAAACAUCAUUGGUGACUUGGGAGACACCGGAGAGCGUCUGAUGUUCAUGAGCAAAAACAACGCCAACAAGUUUGAGAAAGGAAACCAUGAUGAGUUCCUGGUAGAGGCGGUCACACUGGGACAGAUCAGGAGGGUUCGGAUUGGUCAUGACGGACGAGGCGGAGGAUGUGGUUGGUUCCUGGAUAAAGUUAUGGUCAGAGAGGAGGGACAACCUGAGGCGUCAUCCAUCGAGUUCCCAUGUUACAGGUGGCUGGAUCGUAAUGAAGACGACGGGCAGAUUGUAAGAGAGUUAGUCCCUACUGAUGAUGGUCAGCGUUUGUUCACUGUUGGUUAUCACAUUGCGAUAAAGACGGGCAGCAUUAAUGGUGCCAGCUCCGAUUCGAAGGUGUUCGUAAAGCUGUACGGAGAGAAAGGUGACACCAACAAGAUGCUGCUGGUCGUCUCCGAUAACGACCUGGGCAACUAUUUCGAGACGGCACAGACGGACAUCUUCACCAUAGAGACCUUUGACAUUGGCAAGAUAAACCGGAUGCUGAUUGGUCAUACUAACGAGGGUCUGCGAGCCGGUUGGUUCCUGGACAGCGUUCAGAUCUGGGUGCCGGUGCACGGGGUGCAGUACAUGUUCCCCAGUCACCGCUGGCUCUGUAAGGACGAGGCUGAUGGGAAGGUGGAGGUGGAAAUCUAUCCAAGUGAGACACUGGAGAUAGAGAAAUUGAUCAAUUAUGAAGUUACUGUGGUGACAGGAGACGUGUGGGCCGGAGGAACGAAUGCAAACGUCUUCCUGCAGAUUUACGGUGAGGAGGGGAAAACCGAACUAAUUCAGCUGAAGAGCCGAUCCAACAACUUUGAGAGAGGAACCACUGAGAUCUUUAGGAUCGAGGGCCUAGAUGUGGGACGGGUCUAUAAGAUCCGAAUCGGCCAUGACGGCUCGGGAAUAGGAGCUGGAUGGUUCCUGGAGAAAGUGGACAUUAAACGGCUGGUCAUGGCGAUGGUGAAACCAGAGAAGAAAGAGGAGGACAAGAAAGACAAAAAGAAGAAAAAGAAGAAAAAGGAGGAAGAAGAAGAAUCGCCAGGUGAACUAAAGGAGGUUGUUCGAACUUUCAGCUUCCAAUGUGGCCGAUGGCUCGCUCGUGAUGAAGAGGAUGGAGAGAUACUCGUGGAGCUGCGUGCUGAAGAUUACGAAGAUCUGGAGGAGAAUUCAUACGAGGUUCACGUGUUCACUGGGGAUAUGCUGGGGGCCGGAACCGAUGCGAGUGUUUUCAUCAACAUCUACGGAGAAAUGGGCGACACAGGCGAGAGAAAACUACGCAAGUCAAACCACCUAAACAAGUUUGAGCGCGGACAGGAGGAUGUGUUCACCAUCACUGGGAUGGAUCUGGGGUCCUUGAAGAAACUGAGGAUACGUCAUGACAACAAGCAGGCGAAUGCUGCCUGGUAUCUGGACCGCGUCGAGAUCUUUGAUGCAAAAGAUGAAACCAUGUAUUUUUUCCCCUGUCAGCGGUGGUUGGCGGUUGAUGAAGAUGACGGGCAGCUGGGCCGUGAAUUAGUGCCAGUAGAUGAGGCUUUCAUGAGAAGAGAUGAAGACGAAGAAGAGGAGUCAUCACCUGCUCAACUCGGACUAGAGCAAAAAGCCAUGUCAACCACGUUCACAAUGAGAGUAAAAACAGGGGAGAAGAAGAACGCCGGCACAGAUGCAAACGUUUAUGCUAUUCUCUAUGGAACCAAAGAUGACACUGGUAUCAUUAAUCUAAAGGCGUCUAAGAACCAUAGGAACAAGUAUGAGUUGGGACUGAUUGACGAGUUCACCAUAGAGGCAGUGGACAUCGGAAAACUCAAGAGAAUGUGUAUCGGACACGACAACGCAGGUGUUUCUCCAGGCUGGUUUCUGGACUGGGUAGAGAUCGAUGCUCCGUCUCUGGGUCAGCUGCUGCGCUUUCCAUGUGGCCGCUGGCUGGAUAAAGGAAAAGACGAUGGUGCCAUUGUCAGAGACCUGUACCCUAAUGAACUGCAGACAGUACUAUACACACCCUUUGUUCCCUAUGAAAUCAAAAUCUUCACCAGUGAUAUAUUUGCUGCGGGAACGGACGCAGACGUCUUCAUCGUCCUGUACGGGCAGAACGGAGUGAGUACGUCUCAGAAGUCUCUCUGCGUCAAUAAGAGAGAGAGGAGGAUGUACUUUGAACGAGGGGCGGAGGACAUGUUCAUUGUGGAGUUGGAGGACAUUGGCGAUAUCAUUGAGAAAAUCCGUAUCGGUCACGAUAAUCGAGGGGUGAAUCCUGGCUGGCAUUUAGACCGUGUGGAAAUUCGCCGACUUCUCCGGAAAGGGAAGGGCUCUGAGACCACAAUAUUCCCGUGUGAGGGAUGGUUGGCUCGUUCGGAGGAGGACGGUGAGACGAUUCGAGAGCUGGUGCCGUCUGACAUCAUCGUGGAGAAACUUUCACGAGACGGGACCCUCAAAGUCAUCGAGACAGAGGUGGACGACGCACUGGAGAUACACACAUAUACAGUGAUGGUGACCACGGGGGAUGUGUACGGAGCAGGAACCGAUGCCAAUGUGUUCAUCACUCUUUAUGGAGACAUGGGCGACACUGGAGAACGCAAACUCAGCAAGUCUGAGAACAGCAACAAGUUUGAGAGAGGAUCGGUGGACACAUUCACUCUGGAGGCCGUGGAUCUGGGCCAGGUGUUCAAGAUCCGCGUUCGCCAUGACAACAGCAUGCUGAGUGCUGAUUGGUACCUGGAACAGGUGGAAGUGGCAGACCAAGAUACGGAGGAAGUGUUUCUGUUUUUGUGUGAGCGAUGGCUUUCGAGAAAGAAGGAGGACAGACGGAUCGACAGGGUGUUCUAUGUUAAGGGGUAUGAGGGAGAGCGAGAGACUGCCUUCUGUCCAAUUAAAAAAGUGACAAAUCUGGACAGCAACAUGAACAAGAAAAACAAGAAACGGCAUUCAGAAGAAGAAGAAGACGAGGAAGGAUCGUUGAUUCCCUACCACUUCUCGGUGACGACGGGUUGGGAUCGGGAUGCUGGGACGAGUAGCAGAGUAUAUGUCAUCAUCAUAGGAAAGAAGAACAAAAAGACAGAUCGCCUCUGGCUCGACUCGGAUUGGAAAAACAGAUUCCUGCCUGGAUCCUUGGAUUACUUCACCUGCUAUGGAACUGAUGUUGGCGACAUCAAGAAAGUGGAAUUGGGUCAUGAUGGGGCGACUCCAGAGAGCUGCUGGUUAGUGGAGGAGCUGACGGUUGAUGUGCCGACUAAAGCAGUGCGCUACGUGUUUCCCUGUAAAUGCUGGUUGGCCAAAGACAGAGGAGACGGACUCACUGCCCGUUUCUUUGAUGUACAGGAUGCAGAACCUGUCAACAUCCCACAGAAGGUGAUCUAUGAGGUAACGGUGAUAACAGGAGAUGUCCAGCACGCAGGUACAGACAUACAGAUCUACAUGACUGUGUUUGGAGUCUACGGCACAUCUGAGGAAAUGCUGCUGCCAAAGUUAGAGGACAGGUUUGAACGGGGGCAGACGGACACAUUCAAUCUGGAGAUUGAGGAUAUCGCUCCUUUGAGAAAGAUGAGAGUGCGUAUAGAUGGUUCUGGAAGCAGACCCGACUGGUUCCUGGAUAAGAUUGAACUUCAUAACCUGCAGACGGAUGAAGUGGCGUUAUUUAUGUACGAGGAGUGGCUGUCUCGCUCAUACGGGCCCAAGCGGACGCUUCUGUGCGAGAUGCCUGCAGUAAUAGAUGAGGAGGAGAUGGUGGAGCUCACCACAUACACCGUUUCUGUGAAGACCAGCGAUGUAACUGCGGCUGGAACCGAUGCUAAUGUGUGGAUGGUUAUUUUUGGGGAGAACGGCGACACUGGGACGCUGACUCUGAAAGAAAGCAACAACACCAACAAGUUUGAGCGCAAACAGAUGGACACGUUCCGUUUCCCUGACAUCCUCAGCUUGGGCGAGCUCUCGAAAGUGCGCAUUUGGCACGACAACGCAGGCCUGGCUGCAGGUUGGCACCUGGAGUAUGUAGACGUGCAUGAUGACAUCUUGGGGAAGAAGUUUCGUUUCCAGUGUGACCGCUGGCUCGCCAAGAACGAGGAUGAUGGACAGAUAAUGAGAGAGCUGGCAUGUGCCAACAAUGACGCAGUGGAUUUUGAUGAAAAAACCAAAUAUGAAAUCUUGGUCACGACAGCAGAUAUGGACGAUGCUGAAACCAAAGAGAAUGCCUGGAUCGUUCUAGAAGGGAAGAAAGGACGUUCCAAAGAGUUUGUGAUGGAGAACUCGACUAAAAAGAAGCGUUUUUUACGAGGUGCUUCGGACCGCUUUGAGUUCUCCUCCAAGGAGCUGGGAGACAUCGCUAGCAUCUGUCUGGGACACAUCCCUAAAGAUGGCAAGAAAGUCAAAGUGGAAGCCUCCUGGUUUGUGGAGCAGGUCGUUGUCACCGAGAAGGAGCUGGGCAAUAAGUAUAUCUUUCGUUGUGACGCCGCCAUCCCUCUCUCCUCAAAACGGGAUGAGUUCCAGACUUUCGAGUGCAGCAAGUUCAUCGAGAGCUUCACCAGCAAGGCCCAAAGCCUCGUACCUGUAAAAUACGAGCUCAUCGUAAUCACGGGCGACGAGAAAGGCGCAGGCACCGACGCCAACGUCUUCAUCACCAUCUUCGGCUCCAACGGUGACUCCGGCCAGAGGCAGCUUACCAAGAAGUUCCAGAACCUGUUUGAGCGCGGCAAGACCAACCGGUUUAUUCUGGAACUGCUGGACCUGGGUGAUCUGCUCCGCAUGCACGUGGAACACGAUAACUCUGGACUCAGUCCUGGAUGGCUCCUGAGCAGGAUCGAGAUUACAAACACGGCCAAUGCCGUGACCACGGUCUUCAUUUGUGGGAAAUGGCUGGAUAAAAACAAAGCGGACGGCAGGAUAAAGCGCGUGAUCUAUCCAAAGUAUUGACAUUUAUUCAACCAGUCAAUGGUCCGGUCAGUAUUACUAAUGAAUAUUCAUUAUAUGACAUGUUCAUAUCAAUGAUCUUGUUGUAUGUUGUACCAAACCUGUUUGGCUUUCAAAGGUCUCGGUUUGACAAUCAAUGGGAUCCGAUGUUGUUUGGUUCCAAACAUGAUCUUCUUUUCUGUUCAACAAUAGAAAGAAAGCCAUACAGGUUUGGUUGUCCAUUUUAGAGAUGAGGUAACCUCUUUGAUGUUUUCCAGCCACAGCUAUAAGUAAACCAUGACUAAGCUGAUGGUUGAAAGAGAGUCCAGUGUUUCUCCAUCUUCCAGAGUGCCACCUCACCAGCGUGCCUCUAAAAGAGUUUGUAUGAUUUGACAGAUGUGUGAAAGUUGUUUUAUUUGUAUUUUUAAACAUUAUUAUUUCGUACAUAUUGUUACCUCUGUGAGGAGUGCAUGUGUGUGCAACAAGGUUCGUGGAGUAAAACUCAACUCUGAAACCACUGCUUCACGUUUGUCUGUCUUUUAAUAUAUUUAAGUAUUUAAGAAUAAUAGUAUUUAAAAACCUUACCGACUCCAAAUGUUUGAAUGGUAGUGUGUAUAUAUAAAGACACAGCGUUGAUGUAAUAGGGUCCCACAUUCAGGUAGGUCUUCAGCUUUAAGUCAUUGUGUGCUCCAAAGAUCUCUUGAGUGCUUCCACCAGCUCAAACUUACAAUCCUUGGCUUCUUUUCCCGUCCCCACUGAGCGAUCCAUCACCCACUCCACGAAUCCAGGAGUGUCCAUCAUCAGCUGCUGAUGUCAAUUCUG